CCGUCAUAACUCCGGAUGGCUCUCUAAAUCGCUCUACCGUGGGCAGCCUCCCUCGCGGCGAUACUCCUUCACUCUUUUAUAUCUAUUACCCAACCCGCAAGAGGUGCCUCGCACCACCCCCGCGCGCUUUGUUCUUGGUAGACAAGGCUAAAAAGCCACCGACAAGCCUCAUCGCAAAGUGGGUUGGCCUGGAUUCCUCCACGACGCGCCCGGUUGGCGCCCAAUUGCAGCUCACUCCUCGACUCCCAUCCAAGUCCUCACAUAAGGCACCGCUGCACGGUCUUCCUCGAGCUAGUGUCAGCCUCGAUUGUUCCGUAUUCCUGUCCGACCAACGCAUACAUCCCACAUCCCCAGACUCAUCCUCUUCUCUCUACGCUUCCUCCGUGGUCCAAGAGUGACAACGUGCGCUAGAUUCUCUCCCCUGACACCAUUGACGACCUCCUUGACCUUCCUCCUGUGUGUCCUUAUUGUCGGCGUCGUGUCACCCUGAUCGACGUCCAACCUCACCGCGAACCAGACUCGGCUCUCAUUUCCUUUUUGCCUGUGUCACCACCUCCCGUGACGGGGGCCUGACUAGAGCCUGCCUUACCGAUCUUUCUCUCCUCUCCCCUGCCAGCUCCCGCCAUUGAUUCCCGUAGAGUUCAUUGCAGAACUCAAGGCAACUCCUCAUCUCCCGCGAGCCGUCCUUUCGCAACAUACUCCUUACCUGUCCCGAAUGCGUUGAUCGAGGCCACUCAGCCUGAGCGUCCCGUCGCUCGCCACCCUCGGCCGCAGCCAUGAAUCCACAACACUUUCAGAACAUGGUGGGCAUGGGUCGAGGCAUGCCCAACAACAUGCAGCAACAAAUGGCCAUGGCAAAUCAGAUGGGCGGGCAGAUGGCGGCACAAAUGGGACAAAUGGGGCAGAUGGGUCAAAUGAACCCCAGAGCCGGGCAGAUGGGUGCGGGAAUGGCAAGACCGAUGCCUCCGCAGAUGGCCGGACAGAUGAGCCUCAACCACCCUUCGGUCCAGCAACACAUCUUCGACAUGUUGAACUCCCAAGGCCCUUUCACUGGCUGGCAGGCUAACGUCCACAUCCGCGAACGAGCCGGUCAGAUCAAGUUGCUCGUUGAUUCUCUCCGUCUAGUCCGACCCCCGGUUGAGCUCCCUCGUGCGAUCGAAGUCGCUCUACAGUUCGAGCGCAAGUGCUUCACCCAGUCUGCGAGCCGAGAGGACUAUGUCCGGGAGUGCAGCGAAAAGCUAGGGAGGAUCCGUGACCAGCGAGCCCAGCAGCUGAAUCAGUCUGCCGCCGGCGUUAUGCAAGGCAUGCAGGGUAUGCAAAUGCCCAACCAAAAUUUCAUGCCACAGAUGCAACCCAACCAGCAGAUGCAGAACAACAUGUCGCUGCCCCCGCACCUGCAGCAGCUACAGCAACAGCAGCAGCAGGGGUUACGCAACUCGCCCGUUUUCAACCAACCCCAGCCCAUGAUGAAUCAAGCAAGCCAAUCCGCCCCCAACCAGUCCAUGGUGGCCAUGAUGCCCGGUAAUGUUCAGCAGAAGCAGACCCAGCUGCCUGAGUUGACCGCAGAAGACAACAAGGCAAUUAACCUGAGGGCGGCUGAGCUUGCAAAAAGCACCCCGAAGGAAGAGAUGCGCAAUAUCGUUGAGCAGAUGAAUCCACAAUUACGGCAGAACCUGGCUCAGAGGACCGUCGAUCCAAUUAUUUACUAUUUCCGUAUGCUCGCAACCAAAGAGUUCCGGCGACGAAAACAGAUAGAGGCAGGACUGGGCGGCGCCGAAAAUGCUGGUCAGAUAAAUAAUGCCGCCAACAUGAUGGGGCAGAUGCAAAAUCAAUCGACUCCGAACUCGAUGGGACAGGGAAUGACUGUGAAUGGGAAUCCGCUAAUGGGCGACAUGGGCCGUUUCCAAGGCCAGCAAGCAGAAGGACUAAGAUCCCAAGAAGGUGGUGAAUUGGUCGUUCCCGCCAGCAGUGCGCAAGGCAUGAUGCCGGACCAGUUGCGUCUCCAGCAGCAGAUGAUGGCUAACCAGCGUAUGGGGCAACAAAACCAAGCUAACAACUUGAACCCGGCCUUCAUUGCGCAGCAACAGCGCAUCCAACAAGCACAGGCUACGAAAUUGCAGCAGGCCCAACUUCAGGCACAGAAUCAGGCGCAAGCGCAAGCUCGCGCUCAAGCCGCAGUUGUCCAGGCACAAAUGGCCGGUCAACGUCGGGAUAUGCAAUCAAUGCCUCAGUCCAACACCCCCCUCUCUGCUAUCAAUCGGCCCGUUGGGCCUAAUGUCUCGGGUGCCAGCCCACAAACGGUUCCCCGCCCUGGCUCUGGAACUCCGUUGAUGAAUCAGCAGAUGCAGCAAAUGAAUAACGCAGUACAACAAGGCCAGCAACAGCAGCAGCAGCAGCAACAGCACAUGCAAGAAAUGCAAAAGCGCGAACAAGCACUGGCUAGCUUUCCUGUACCCCUUCAAGCGAUUCUCCGUCAAAAGCCGCAAAGCGAAUGGCGCAAUAUCCUACAGCAAUUUCAGAAGAGUGGUCAAAUGAAAAGGAGCAUAUCACAGCAGCCGCAGCAGCCGCAGCUGCAACAGCAGCAAGCGCCAAUGGCUCAAAUGCAGAACAGUCCAUUCAUUGGUGGUGCUAACAUUGGUGCAAUGCCCAUGCAGCAAUCGCUCUCAGCUGGGGCCGUAUCUCAACAGGGUCAAGACAUGGCUGGUAUGCAGCCUGGUAGCCAGGGACAAAUGCAACAGAACCAGCAGGAAAUGAUGAGGCAACGCCAAAUGCAGAUGCAACAGCAAAAGCAGCAACAGCAGCAGCAGCAGCAGCAGCAGCAGCAAGGGCCCCCAAAUACCCAGGGACAACCACAAGCCCCUCGUCAACAAUUGACGGCUCCGCAGAUGAAGUUGAUGGAUCAGCAACCCGUUCCGCCUACCGUCUUGAGCAGCAUAAGACAACAUGCUGCAUUGCCCGAAAUACGGACCUGGUAUCAACUGAAACAAUGGCUGCUUUCGAAUCCUGUUGCGAACUGGCCGAUCCCUCAAGUAUUGGACAUCCAAGCGAACCAUUUCGCUCACAUCAUGAAAAAUCGUGGCCAGAAUCUGCAGCAACAACAGCAGCAAAAUGCCCUGGCCGGCCAGGCUCUGGGACAAGCGACUCAGCCAGUGCCUCAGCCUUCGAUGCAACCUGCUCCUGGCCAAGCUCCCGCUGCCCCUCCCGGACCGAUGCCAUUCCGGACCCCAACUGCCUUCGAUAUUCAAAAGGUUCGGGCUGCGAAUCCUCGCGUCGCGAACAUGCCGGACGAGCAAAUUAGAGCCAUCCUCAUCAACCGCCAUCGUCAAGUGCAGGCGAAGAACAUGCAGCAGCAAGCUAACCAACAAGGAAUGCAACAGCAAGGGCUGCCAAUGCCGCCACAAGCAGGUCAAGCAAGCCUUCCGGGACAGCAAUUUGGUGUUCAAGCAUCUGGACAGAAUCAAUCUCCGGCGCAAGCUCAGCAGCAAAUUCGGCAGCCUUCCGUCUCAGCGCCAGGACAACCUCGCCCGCCGCAGACCCCAGCGCAGCCUGAGAACAAGACUCUGAAACGGCCCAGCGAUGACGAUGUGAUCGAAAUGCCAAUGCAGAAUAAACAAGCCCAACCGCAAGUGAAUGGCAACAAGCCGCAAGGAUUUCAAGCUUUGACAAAAGAGCAGAUCAAUGCGUUGGAUCCGGUAAAGAGACAGCAGUACAAAAACUACCAGCUGCAGCACGCUGCGAUGCGGAAAAUCAUGGAACUCACAAAGGAAGUUCAAGCCAGCAUGCCCAAGCUGCGGCCCAUCACCAACAUGGAUACCAACGGCAGAAAGCGCAUCACGGAGCUUUUGACGUCCGUUAAUGUGAAGAAUAUGCUUGGCAGGUUCGACUCGUUCCUUGUCGCAUUCUAUCGCAUCGAGCCAAAUGAUGCAGCCAUCAAGCAACUGGUCCUCCAGAAGAUACAAUUAUUCUCGCAGUACAAACCACAAUCGCUGCAGAACAAGACGUUUGAACCGGCCGACCACUUCAGCAUUACUGCCGACAACGCUGAAGGGAUUGUUAGCAACAUCACUGCAAAGUUCCAACAAACUGCCGCGCAAAUACCAAACAACAAAGCUCGCCCGCAGCCCGCACAGCUCACGCCGGAAAAUCUCAGUUUGCUUGAGGCGCAGGAGAAAGAACGGAAACAAUCUCUCAAGGUCAACCAAGCUCCUCCUGCCCCAACAUCCACCCAGCCACCGUUCCAAAUUGGAGAUCCAAGAGGGCAAGGUACACCAAGGUACGCGACCCCAGGUCUGAAGCAAGAAGACCUUAAGCUUCCUACCGACCCCAAGAGGCGAAAGAAGAACCAACAGCAACCUACAAGUGCGACGACCACGACGCCUACCCUGGUUACCUCUCCUCAGACGACGAAAACACCCAAGCCUGCCGAGAUGUUUAAGUGUCCUGUGAAUGGAUGUGAUCAUCAGCUCAAAGGCUUCGCAACUCAAGCCGAACUUGAUCACCAUCACAAUGUUGCCCACAAGUUGGACAUGGAGCCUGUCACUGAUCCUCUUGCUUUUCUCCACGAUUCUCUGCGCUCUGCCUUUAACCUAGACGAGAAUUUCCAGCAGAUCAAGAAGACCUUCCCCAAAUCCGAGGGCAAAGUCGCAGGUCCGAGCAACAUUAAGAAUGAGAGCUCUGCAGACACCCCUGUACCCAUGGCCAAGAUCCCCAGUCAAGGUCCUGUAGGCACAGCUGCUAGAGACGGUGAUAUCUCUAUGGAAGAUGACGAUCCUUGGAAACACAGCAACAUCACAUUGGAUCAGUUGCGUGUUGCCUUUGGUGGUGACGACUGGGACGAGCUCUUUCCGUCCGAGGAAAAGCUGUUUGAGCAACAGUCAAAGUUCUACGAGGCCUAUCGGAACACCAGCGAACGAUGGCAGAAGAUAGUUGAAGGCCCCAAUGGCGCGUUGACUGACACGUCUACCGAGAAGUCCAAAAGCCCAGAGAUAGCCAGUGACAAGGAAGGCUCGGCAGCUACCACGUCGCGUCAGGACAAGAAAGAAACCGUGGAGAAAAAGGCUGAAGACGAUCAAUGGAAGGUCAACCUGGAUGGAAUUGAGGGUCUUGAUCUGAGCGGGUUUGGAGACAUGUCCCCAUUCGAAAACAUCAAUGAUCUGGACAUCAUCAUGGGCGAGGACGGGUCACCCUUCGAACCAGUCGAAAAACCACAGCUGUCGACCGAACAGCUCCAUCUUCAAGCACUAGGAGUGGACCUUGAGCAUCCAGAGACUUGGACUGAGCAGCAGAAAGCACUGGCAGACUUUCUGUUGAACAUGUGAGCGCAGCAAGAUACCUUGCCCGAGGUCUGUGCCUAUUCCACAUUGUGCGUUUUGUGUAUUUUCUGGGCCCGGGGCGAUGGGUGGGAUGAAAUGUCCAAGCGGAGUAUUUGCGACUUGUUUCUCAGCAUGGCGUCCUGUGGGUCAGCGGAUCCUAAUAGGAGGCAUGGACGGCUCGAUGUCUUACGACUCUGACGAAGCUUCCCUACAAGGGAAAGGAAGGAUAUUUCACUUCUUGAAUCGCGGGAGGGGGAGUGUGAAUGGGAGGAUGUUUGUCUGGAGUUGACCUUUCAACACCAAGGGAGCGAUUUUGUACAUUAGGAGAUCUAGCGUGGAGAUCAAACUUUUCUGUCCUUUCAGAUACCUCGGGAUCAGCAUGGGUUUUUUUUUUUGGAUUUCGGAUCAUGUGUGAUGGAUGGGAUGAAGAACCGGAAUGGUUAUGUAUGGGUUUGGAUGACAAAAGAAAUACCCGGCAGCGGCUUGCGGCCCUUUUUGAUCUACAUCUUGGACCCUUAGUUUUGGGUUUCUUCUACAAAGUACCGAUAUUUUUUUCAGAGGUACCUUUUUCCAUAGGGGAAAAUGUGAAAUACAGAAUUUCCA